GAGAGAGAGAGAGAUGGGGGUGUGGGGGGUGCUCUGUCGUCUUCACUGAUCUCCUAAGAGUGGUCGUGAGUAUUUUUGCUCUUCCACAGUCAUGUUGAGAGCCAGGGAACAGGGCUCUUUGGCCGUACUGGCCUCCACCCUUCUUUUGGGAUGCGGCGUUGCGUUUUCCCUCGGACAGAAUGACACAGAACCGGUGGUUUUGGAAGGAAAAUGUUUAGUUGUGUGUGACUCGAACCCGUCCGCCGAAGGAGGAGUGACCUCGUCGUUUGGGAUAUCUGUCCGCGCUGCUGGUGCUAAAGUGGCUUUUUCUGCCGUCAGAGGAACUAACCAUGAACCAUCAGAAAUGAGUAACAAGUCCAUGACGAUCUACUUUGAUCAGGUACUAGUGAACAUUGGAAAUCACUUCGAUCUUAAGGCGAGUGUAUUUCAAGCUCCUCGGCGAGGCAUUUACAGCUUCAGCUUUCACGUCGUGAAGGUCUACAACCGACAGACAAUCCAGGUCAAUCUGAUGCAUAACGAAUACCCAAUAAUAUCUGCGUUUGCCGGUGAUCAAGAUGUGACCCGGGAGGCAGCGAGUAACAGUGUUCUUCUUCAUCUGGAGCGUGAAGACAGACUCUAUCUCAAACUAGAGAGAGGGAACCUCAUGGGCGGGUGGAAGUACUCCACAUUCUCUGGCUUCCUUGUUUUCCUCUCUGAUUGAAUAUAACUCACUUUAAAUGGCCCAGACUGAAGACCAAGGGACAUUUCCAUAUCUGCUUUCAAAAAUAAAGGUAGCAGAGAUAACAUGGAAUGCAUUCUAGUUUACUUUAUUUAUUGUUAGGAUCUGAAGAAAUGUAAUGAGUAUGUAUGUGUGUGAGUGUGUGCGUGUGUGUGUGUGCGUUUAAGUAUUUGUGAGAUGUAAAAGGUAGGACAGUGACAAUAUUUGGAUGAGUUGAUGUCUGCAUAUUGCUUCGGGAAGAGUGGUAUGUUAUUGUCAAUGACAUUUUUUGCAUUCAGAUGUAUAUUUUGCACGAAUUGUGUUUUGUUAUGUGCUCGUCAUUGUAUUUUUAUUUAUUUAUUUAUUUUUUGUAUAGCACUUAUAAAUUCGAUGUUCAAUAUGAGCGAAGUAAGUACAAAAACAGCCAUUUCUCUUUAAUAGUUGUUUGGCUGAAUGCAUAGAUAAGCAGUGAUAUCUUGCAUUUUUAUAUUACUUGAAUGUAAAUAUACCAUAUCAUAAACAUAAGGAAUGUAUUUAAAAACUCAUUUAGGACUCGAAAGUUUUAUUUUGCAAGAAGGGAAUAAAGUCAUUUAAGAGAGAGUGGAAGAAAGAGAAGAACUCAACGCUGUCCGUGGUGCUGAACAACAGCUGUCCAUCAAAAACUGUACACACGUGAAUAAUGAUUAUUUAAUGCUAGAAACACGCAGUGUAACAUUUAUCAGUUACAUUCGUCUUGAAAACCUAUAGUACGUCACCAUUUGAGAACAGCGUAGAUGUUUAAUGGCCACUAUAGUUAGACUACAUCUCAGAUUCAAUUGGUGAUUUUAUAAUCGUAAAAGUUGUAUUUAAGAGUAAUUUUGUACCAAGAGUGUAAACAUAUUUUUAAAACAUAUCUGAUUAAGUCUAUCGACAGGGGGCAGUUUUAGGAAGGAUGAAAGCAACACCCACCUACAGAGAUCAAUAUGUGCACAAACUGGAAAGAUAUAGACACCAUGCAGAUUUGUUGUCUCUUUAUUUAGGGCAGGGCAAUGUGUUUCAAGAUUCAGUCUUACGCAACAUUGAACUUUAAAGAUUUAACAUUUAUAGCUUUAUAUAUAUUUCAAAGCAUGGCCGGGAAAUGGGAUGGAAAUUAGGUAAUUUAUUACCAUGGGCACAAUUAAAAACUGUGAAGACAGCAUUAUUUGGAGGUGAAAUGCAAAUGUGAUGAGGUAUGAGAAUGAUGUGGGUGUUAAGUGUUAAACAGUGAAAUGUUGCUUCCAAGAGUAGAGCUUAAAAAGACACUAUCACAUAUUUUCACUGAUCAAGACCGUGUCACAUUUUAUUGUAUCAUAGUAUAUAUAGUUUGAGAUGUUUCAGGGGGUUAGAUAAUAUUUAAACAUUUUAUGUUUGAACUCAUGAUCAGACAGUGAACCUUUAUAAAAUCUUCGAAAGAAGGAAAGAAAGAAAACAAUCUCUCUCUCUUGUCUCUCAUGCUACUGUCGUUUGAUUUGGCUUGGAAGUAAACAUCGGCCAAAGGCUAAAAGCUGUCUAAUGCCUCUAUCUGACCUUUCUUUUUCAUAAAGAUGAUUAAGAAUGAAAGCAUGACUCAACAGCACAUGUCAUUGCUAGGUCACUAAACAUGACUUUGGUUUUGGGGAAAAAAUGCAGAAAAAGUUUUUAUGCAUAAUUCUUUCAUUUGUCCUUUAUGAACACAAAUCUUGUUUCUGUAGACAUAAUGAAUUCUUACUAUAUAUACACACACACACUUUACAAUAAAGUUCCAUUAGUUAAGGUUUGUUUGUUCACUUAACAAUGAGCAAUACAUUAAUUACAGUAUUCAUCUUUGUUAACAUUAGUUUUUUGUUAACUGAUGUAGAUAUGAAGCAUUAUAUUAAAGUGUUACCAUAUAUAACUCUUUACAAUAAGGCUUCAUUUGUUAGCAAUAUUUCUCCUGAUAAUGUGUAUAAAAAAGCCAUAGGUCUCGCCCCCAACAGUCAUUAAUUAAUUACUGUAUUUAUAUGUUGAAUAUGAAAUAUCAUGAUAAUUCACACUUUACUCAUGGCUUGUAGUACGGAGUACUGGAGAAUUAAACUGGCUUAUAAUGAA